UGUCCGGUUUGUGUUGUUUUUAGCUUUCGCUGAAACUUGUGAAUGCAAGUGCUCAGCAGCCAAAGGUGCUUGUAUUUAACGUGUUGAGGUUACGAAAGACGCUGUUUAAAUCAAUAGAUGACAGUUUUUACCAGUUAAAACGUAAUUAAAAGAGUCAAUUGAUGUCACGGAUACCUUCUGCAGGACUUGUUCAGUUUGAUGAAGAGGCUUGGCAAGAGGAUCUGCCUGUAAGAGAAGAAUAUGUUUAUAAUAGAAAUGUAGAAUUUGUGAAUAGUGCUUGGUCUAGAGGCUCAACAACAGCAAGUACACAAAAUUACUACAGAGAAAGAAGAGAUGGAAGACCAAAGGGUUGUAGACGAGGAGAUGGACGUGCAGAUAGGGACAGUACUUGGCGAAACAGAGGUUCAGAGCAUCAAGAAAAUGCUGAAACUGUAAUUGUUUCCUCAAAAGAUGUUGGUAGAAUUAUUGGACGUGGAGGUUCCAAAAUUCGAGAAUUGGAAGAGCAAAGUGGUGCAAGAAUUCAGAUUCAGUCCAAUGAAAAUGGAGGAAUUGAAACAAAUGUUGUUUUGAGGGGACCUGGGCAUGCUUGCAGCAAAGCAAAGAAAAUGAUUGAAGAUCUACUUUACCAAAAGUUUCAGAGUGGACGUAGUGAAUCUCAUCAGUCAAAUAGACCAGAGUGUGCUUUUCAAGAUGAAGAAGAAAAACAUAUUGACUGGGCUAGUAUAAUUUCUCAGAGUGAGGAAUAUCGGAAGAAGAAAUGGAAAGAUUUGCCACCAAUAAAAAAGAAUUUUUAUUUUGAAGACCCUGAUGUUGCCUGUAUGCAUCCAGAUGACGUAGCACUGUUAAGUGUGUGCAUAUAUGGUGGAGGUAAUAGAAAAGAACAGAUUAAGACAGCUGAGAAAGGAGUAGAAAUUGUCAUUGCUACACCAGGACGACUCAACGAUCUUGUUAUGAACAAUGUCAUUAAUGUGUCUAGUGUAACCUAUUUGGUUUUGGAUGAAGCAGACAGGAUGUUGGACAUGGGCUUUGAACCUCAAAUAAAAAAAAUAUUGCUAGAUAUUAGACCAGACAGACAAACUGUGAUGACAAGUGCAACAUGGCCAGAGGGAGUUCGGCGGCUGGCACACCAAUAUAUGACUCAACCGUUUCAAGUAUUUAUAGGAACAUUAGACUUAGCUGCUGUACAUAGUGUAACACAAAAGGUUUUGAUUAUUCCACAAGAAGAGAAACGCAAAGUUUUGUAUGAAUUCAUUCAAGAUAUGGAACCGGAUGAUAAAGUUAUUGUUUUUGUUGACAAAAAAAUUGUUGCUGAUGAUCUGGCUAGUGAUUUGGCUGUUAAUGGGAUCAUUUGUCAGUGUAUUCAUGGAGACAGGGAACAAAGUGACAGGGAACAAGCAUUGGAAGAUCUCAGAACAGGAGAAGUCCAGAUUUUAAUUGCCACUGAUGUAGCUUCUCGAGGCCUUGACAUCAAGGACAUAACCCAUAUCUUUAACUAUGACUUUCCGAGAAACGUAGAGGAAUAUGUCCAUCGAGUGGGACGAACAGGAAGAGCUGGGCGAACAGGAGAAUCUUUAACUUUAGUUACGAGAGAAGACUGGAAAAAUGCCCAAGAGCUUAUUCAUAUUAUGGAGGAAGCUGGGCAGGAUGUUCCUGAAGACUUGUUUGCCAUGGCUGAUCGUUAUGCAGCAUGGAAGGAGAAGAAAGAUGCAGAAGAUGCCGUGUGUCGUCGGGGAAGAGGACGAGGAAGCAGAGCUGGGUACGGAGGCCGUAGACGAAGAGAUGAUUGGCCUUGAUGAAUUUAAGGAGUCCUUGUAACAGUAUUAAACACCUUAUGACUGGCAGGAAAUAAAUGGUAGUUUUUGUAAAAGCAUUAGUUUCUCUUUCCAGAAGUGUGUAUUUGUAAUAUUUGUAGAGUUUUUGUAUGAAAAUUCUAGAAUGCAAUAAAAUUCAUUUUCAGUUUGGAUUU